UCGGAGCACCCGGGAGCUGGCCCGAGCUGCGCUCCUCCGGCGCCGCCAUCUUUCCGUACAGACAGCCACCCGCGCAUGUCUCGGUACGGACUCACCGCCCGCUGCGGCCGCGACGCCGGCGCCGUGGCUGGGCAGCCGGAGCGCAGCGUGGUGCGGGCGGCAGCGCGCAGCCAUCUUGCCGUACGGCUCGGCCGCGGCCCACGUCCCGAGCUGUGUCGCCGCGCUCCCUCGGGGCGGGUCGGGCCAGCGGGCGGGCGGCAAGGAUCGGAGCCUGGCGGCGCUCACGACCGAGGCCCGCAAUGGUGAUCUGCUGCGCGGCCGUGAACUGUUCCAACAGGCAGGGCAAGGGCGAAAAACGCGCUGUCUCCUUCCACAGGUUUCCCCUAAAGGACUCCAAACGACUGAUCCAGUGGUUAAAAGCUGUUCAGAGGGAUAAUUGGACCCCGACUAAGUAUUCAUUCCUCUGUAGUGAGCAUUUUACCAAAGACAGCUUCUCCAAAAGACUGGAGGACCAGCAUCGCCUGCUGAAGCCCACGGCUGUACCCUCUAUUUUCCAUCUGUCAGAGAAGAAGAGGGGGGCUGGAGGACAUGGCCAUGCUAGGAGAAAGACCACAGCGGCCAUGAGGGGCCACACAAGCGCAGAGACAGGGAAAGGAACCAUAGGAUCUUCACUGUCUUCAAGUGAUAACUUGAUGGCCAAGCCAGAGUCCCGAAAGUUGAAGCGAGCUUCUCCACAAGAUGAUGCAGCCCCCAAGGCCACCCCAGGUGCUGUCAGCCAGGAGCAGGGUCAGUCUCUGGAAAAAACUCCAGGAGAUGACCCGGCUGCCCCAUUGGCCAGAGGCCAGGAAGAGGCACAAGCGUCUGCUACAGAGGCUGACCACCAGAAGGCCUCUUCCUCCUCCGCCGCCGACGCUGAGGGGGCAGACAAGAGCGGCAUUUCUAUGGACGACUUCACACCUCCGGGAUCUGGCGCUUGCAAGUUCAUUGGCUCACUUCAUUCAUAUAGUUUCUCCUCCAAGCACACGCGAGAGAGGCCGUCUGUCCCUCGUGAGCCAAUGGACCGAAAGAGGCUGAAGAGAGAGAUGGAGCCAAGGUGCAGUGGGAAUAGUGUGGCCCAGAGUCCCCCAAGUUCCUCACUUACAGCAACCCCUCAAAAGGCUUCCCAGAGCCCCUCCGCGCCUCCAACUGAUGUAACCCCUAAGCCAGCAGCAGAAGCUGUGCAGAGUGAGCAUAGUGAUGCCAGCCCCAUGUCCAUCAACGAGGUCAUCCUGUCGGCCUCGGGGGCCUGCAAGCUCAUCGACUCCCUGCACUCCUACUGCUUCUCCGCUCGGCAGAACAAGAGCCAGGUAUGCUGCCUGCGGGAGCAGGUCGAGAAGAAGAAUGGAGAGCUAAAGAGCCUUCGGCAGAAGGUCAGCCGAUCUGACAGCCAGGUGCGCAAGCUGCGGGAGAAGCUGGACGAGCUGAGAAGAGCGAGUCUCCCCUACCUCCCCUACCUAAGUGGCCUGCUGCCCCCCAGCCACGAGCCUCCCAAGCUGAAUCCAGUGGUGGAGCCGUUGUCCUGGAUGCUGGGUACCUGGCUGUCAGACCCGCCAGGAGUUGGUACCUUUCCGACACUGCAGCCCUUCCAGUACCUGGAGGAGGUGCACAUCUCCCACGUGGGUCAGCCUAUGCUCAACUUCUCGUUCAACUCCUUCCAUCCAGAAACACACAAGCCAAUGCACAGAGAGUGUGGCUUCAUCCGCCUCAAGCCUGACACCAACAAAGUGGCCUUCGUCAGUGCCCAGAACACAGGGAUUGUGGAAGUGGAGGAGGGUGAAGUAAAUGGGCAGGAGCUGUGUGUCUCAUCCCAUUCCGUCUCCAGGAUCUCCUUUGCCAAGGAGCCCCAUGUGGAGCAGAUCACUCGGAAAUUCAGGCUGAAUUCUGAAGGCAAACUUGAACAGACGGUCUCUAUGGCAACCACUACACAGCCAAUGACUCAACAUCUUCACAUUACCUACAAGAAGGUGACCCCUUAACCCGGAGCCACUCCCAGAGCCUGUCUAGUAGACAUGGUGUGGUCACAGGCUCUGCUGACACUGAAGUGUUGUCCAGGUGUUCUUGUAAUGGCAUAGAAAACCAAAUAAAAGGCCUUUAUUUUUAUGGCUGAAGAUUUUGAAUAUUA